GGUUCAAGCCGGUGAUGAUGAUGGUGGUGGUCCAAAUGGCGCUCGCCGGAGUCAAUGUUUUCUAUAAACUCUCUGCCGCUAAUGGAAUGAGCCUUAGGGUUCUUAUUGCAUAUCGAUUUAUCAUUGCUGCUCUUGUUUUGGUUCCUCUCUCUCUUAUUCUUGAAAGGAACAAAAGACCAAAACUUACAUGGAUCACUAUCUGUCAAACAUUUUUUUGUGGAAUGCUUGGGGGAUCUCUUGCACAAAACUUAUAUGCCCAAAGUUUGUUGUUGACUUCAGCAACAUUUGCUGCAGCCAUGGUAAACCUAGUUCCUGCCCUCACCUUUAUUUUAGCACUCAUUUUCAGAAUGGAACUAAUGAGGCUGAAUAAAGCGUCCGGAAGGGCCAAGGUGGUCGGGACACUAACAUGUGUAGGAGGGGCCAUGUUGUUGACAUUUUACAAGGGUCGAGAAGUCGUCCUUUGGUCAACUAAUGUUAACCUCCUUGAAAUGUUUAGCCCGCCCGGUUCUUAUAAUAGUGUUCAUUCGGGAUCAUUGUCGGGUAACAAUCGUGUGUUUGGUGCUCUCUUAGCCCUCGGAUGUUGUUGCACGUGCGCACUAGGUUACAUUCUUCAGGCCAAGUUAUUGAGGAACUACCCAUGCCCAUACUCUUCCACAGCCUUGAUGAUGCUUUUCGGGGCUUUACAAGCGUCGGUAUAUGCAAUCGCAAUGGAAAGAGAUUGGUCUGUGUGGAAACUAGGGUGGAACCUCCGACUCAUCAGCGUUUUGUAUUCGGGAAUUGUGGCAUCGGGGAUGACUUUUACACUAAUGGCAUGGUGUGUGCAAAUGAGAGGACCAUUGUUCGUGUCUGUUUUCAAUCCGUUGAUGUUGGUGUUGGUAGCUGUUGUUGGAUCUCUAUUUUUGGAGGAGCAACUUCAUGUUGGAAGCAUAAUAGGUGCGGUUGUAAUUGUUUUGGGACUAUACAUAGUUUUAUGGGGAAAAGGUCAAGAGAUGAAGAGACAAACAGAACCCGCGCCCUUGAAGAGAUCCAAGGAAUCAAACAACGCCGAAGAACAACUUGAAGUUGUUGUGUUCGACCACGAUCUUUCUACGACAUCGAAUGAAGAUGAUGAAGUUAAUAAUGACGAUAUGAACAAUCACACAAUGUUGGGACUAGGCGUGGUUUUGUGCUCCCCUGCUCUUGUGGAGCUGUGCGACGAUGGUGAUAGCCGGGACGAUGAUGAAUAUUUGUCUGUGAAGAGUACAAUCGGUGUGGGUGUGUAGAGACAAUAAAAAAGUAUUGGGACAAAAAUAAGAAGUGGAAAGGAGAGACAUUGACCUAGA